AUGCCACCGUUGUUUAAGGUCGAUCAGGUUCUAAGAGGACACAAAUUAAUAUACACUGUUGUGAAGGAGAUUCAUAGAGCAUUUGACGAAGCUGCUGUAUAUCUGGCCAGGGAUCAGAAUAAAAACAACUGUAUUGUCAAGAGCGUUCGCGGCCACUGGCGCCUACAGAACGAAGCCGAUAUCCUAAGACGUUACCAGUCAAAGAUGCCGUUCCUUCGACCUAUCAUCGAUGAGGUUAUAAGCCCAGCCGAUCCACCCUCUAUUGUUUUGAGGCACCUGGACAGUGAACUUCUCGCGGAAUCGAGGAAGAAACGGCUUACGCGCCCCGAGAUUAAGCAAGUAGCUAGGUGUAUUCUUGAAGCCCUACUCGUCCUUCAUAAGGAUGGAAUGGUCCAUACAGACUCAAAGUUCGCUAAGGAGUGCAAUGUUAUCAGAGGUGCCUUCACACGUAGCCCAGAAGUUAUGUUAGCGCUUUCUUGGGGCCCACCAACAGACGUCUACCUUGUACAUGGAGGUGACUUUCACCGCUUCGAUCCUGGCUGGCAGAGAGUCAAAACAGAAGACCAAGAUUACGAGUUGACAGUUAUGCAGCGAAUGUAUCACUCGUUCGGCCCAUUCCAAAGAUCAAUGGCCGACAUCCUCAACCCGGUUGCUCUUGAUGUCGUCUUCUUCUUGAAUUGGCAAGGGAACCCACGGAAGCCGCUUCAACGGUGGUCGAUGAAGGAAAUUCCUUCUGCUGAUAACGAGUUUAUAAGGCAGAUCUUACAACUAGACCCUCGGGAGAGACCAAUAUGGAGGAGAUUCUCGAGGACGGAUGGUUCAUAG